UGUUGAUAAUUGCUGGUGACGUAGAGAACCUUGCGCAGCCGCAGCCCGGGAGGAGAAGAUGGUGCUUAUCAAGGAAUACCGUGUGAUCCUACCGAUCUCUGUGCAAGAGUACCAAGUCGGUCAGCUGUUCACUGUAGCAGAGGCCAGUAAGAAUGAGACGGGGGGAGGAGAGGGCAUCGAGGUGCUGAUAAAUGAACCCUACGAGGACGAGGGAGAGAAGGGACAGUACACGCACAAAGUCUACCAUCUAAAGAGUAAAGUCCCAGCCUGGUUGAGGUAUAUUGCACCAGAGGGAGCAUUAGUCUUCCAUGAAAAAGCCUGGAACGCCUACCCAUUCUGUCGCACCGUUAUAACGAACGAGUAUAUGAAAGAUGACUUCCUGAUCAAGAUUGAGACGUGGCACAAACCUGACAUGGGAACGCUGGAAAACGUGCAUGACUUGGAUGGUCCUACGUGGAAGACAGUGGAGGUAGUCCCCAUCGAUAUCGCAGACAAAGAUGUGGUGGCCCAUGGGGACUAUAAACCAGAGGAGGACCCUGCUCUCUUCAAAUCAACAAAGACUGGCAGAGGACCACUCUCACCUGAAUGGAAGAACGAUCUGAUGAACAAGACAGACUGUCCUAAGAUGUGUGCCUACAAACUGGUCACUGUCAAGUUCAAGUGGUGGGGCCUGCAGACCAAAGUAGAGAACUUCAUCCAGAAGCAAGAGAAGCGUAUUUUCACUAACUUCCAUCGCCAGUUGUUCUGUUGGAUCGACAACUGGGUGGAGCUGACCAUGGCAGACAUCCGACGAAUGGAAGAGGAGACCAAGAAAGAGCUGGAAGAGCUGCGUAGGUCAGGUCAGGUUCGAGGCAUGACUGCGGCUCACGAGCAGUGAGGUUGACCAACAAAACCCUUCCAUGAAGAUGUUACCAUGUCCACAGAGGAGAGGAAGUCUCUGCUCUACUUCCUGUCUCCCAUGAUUCAUAUGG